UUUGACAGACAGCAGACGAACAAAACUGAAAUGGCCUUCCUUCAGUAAAAACCAGAAACUGUAUAAACACAUUACAUCACGUUUAUUUAGGAUUUAAUUUUAGAGAACUUACAUCACAUAAUUUAUACAAUUUUCCGCCUAAAUCUACCUUGAAAUUAAAUAAUAUGCUAGUUCAAGCGUGUUACUGUUAUAGAAUUUUACUUCGUUUGGGAUAGUUUUGUUUGCGAUUAGUUAACUUCAUCUAGUUCUUUAAAAUCUAGUAAAUUGCUAUGAUUCCUACAAAAAUUGUAUUCCUUGCUUGUGGCUCAUUCAACCCACCAACAAAUAUGCAUCUCAGGAUGUUUGAAUUAGCAAGAGAUCAUCUGCAGAAGCUCGGAAAGUACAAGGUUAUAGGAGGAUUAGUGUCUCCAGUUCAUGACAGUUACGGCAAGAAAGAGUUGGUGCAAUCGACACAUCGUUGUGCAAUGCUGAGAUUAGCCCUGCGCAACUCGGAGUGGAUUCAGCUAAGUGACUGGGAAUGCAAUCAGGAGAGCUGGAUGACAACCAUUCAAGUGCUACAAUACCAUCAGGAUAAACUGAAUUCGGCAGUGAAAGGUAUCAGAAAUAGAAAUGAGUGUGAGGAAAAUGACAAUGAAUGCGAUUGGUUGAGGAAUAUCACUCAGCACUGCAGUAAUAAUGAAAAAAUUGUGAUAAAACUAUUAUGCGGAGCUGAUUUACUGGAAUCCUUUGGCACACCGAACCUCUGGUCACCUAUUGAUAUUGAGAAUAUUGUUGGAGACCAUGGCCUCAUUGUUAUAACCAGAGGAGAUUCAAAUCCUUUCAAAUUUAUUUAUGAAUCUGACCAGCUUACUAGAUACCAGAAUAAUAUAGUGAUCGUGACGGAAUGGAUCACGAACGAUAUAAGUUCGACUAAAAUCAGGAGAUCUCUGCGGAGGAAUGAAAGUGUUAAAUAUUUGAUUCAAGAUGAUGUUAUAGACUACAUAAAAAAUAACGGAUUGUAUGCCUCACUUGACAAUAAGUACAAUGAGAAAAACCUGUUAUCGAACGAGCAUCAGAUGUCGAGUAUCUUGCUGACGCCGUCGCCGAACGAACCGCACAUGUUGGGCGGCCAUCGGCUGAGUAUCGACGUGCCCGACAGUGCCGGCCCCGGUAAAUAUGUUGAUAGGAAAAAUGAGCAGAAUGUUAGGCAUGUUGCGCGGGAACGGGUGAAGGCGGCGCCUGGGGUGGCGGUUGCGGUGCAGCUGCUAGACAACCACCACAUCGCCGCCGCCAAGGCAGUGAGGCCUGUCUCUCUUCUGUCCAACGAUUAGUGUUGUUCAUCGGCAACUGUAGAAAUGUUCCUCCUCAAUCUCCUUCUAGUCAGCCAGUUGAUCUGUGAUUCAUGCAUGUGAUCUGAACCGUUUCUUUUGAUAAGACUUGACAGUUUUAUUAUUUGCUCAGAUGUUCACAAAUGCUCUGUUUUAUAUAUAAUAUUUUUCAAAUUUUCAGUUAAUGUUUGAAUUCCAUAUUUGUGUCUUGAUCUGCGUGUAACGUGUUGAGUUUUGCAUGUUAAUUGUAGCCGUUGUCAUUCUAUGAUAAGCAAAGCAGGUGGUUAGAUUUUUGAGAACGACAUUGUUGAUGUGUGAGAUUGAGUGGACCGGCAACCGUAAUGAACUUACUAAUAAUAGUCUACUAUUAUUCAAUGUUUGAGAUGCCUGAUGAAUUUAUGUAUUAGAAUGCUUGAGUACUAUGUUCAGAAAGAAAUGUUUAGGUUAAGAUAUUGUAGAAUGUUCCAUUCCUUUCUCUAUAUGAAAAUUGAGGCUGUUGAACUGUACAGAAAGAAAAAUUAUAUUUUAGGAUUUUAAAAUUUAGGUUUGUAGAAAAUAGCCAGAGAAUGUUUUUUCAUUACAGUAUAUAAACUAACAACAUCUCAACCACGUGUAUGUUAAUAUUUCUGUUUUAUUUGAUCAAGCAUUAGAUUUGGUCAAUUCACCUUUAUUUACCAAUGUAUAAUAACAAUAGGAUGUAUACUGUACAUCAGUCAUCACUUCAAUUUAUGACAGAUCGCAUAUUAAUCCUACUUAUUCUAUAUGAGGGUAUGAAUCUAGUAUAAAUAGUUCGCUCUCUUACAGAGCUAAAACGUCUAUAAAUUUGAAGGACUUGAGUUUCAAUCAUUUUUAUAAAUUAUGAGCAUGGGGUCUUGUCAUAGCAAUUUCAAUCAACAAGAUAGGCCUAGGCGUAAUCCAAUGUGAUCUUCAAUUUGUAAUUUUUUACAGUCUAUAAUUUCGUUUUCCAUGUAUUAUCACCUUACCGAACUCUAAAAUUAUGCAGCAAAAGCGUAGGCCUCCUGAUCAAAUGUCAUUUCUGUUCAAAUUUACACAACAUAAAAUUACAAUUGUUUGAAAAUUGAAAUAACUUCUAUUCAACGAAAAGAAUUACAGGAAGCAUUCCACUUGAGGUUGAAGGGUAGAAAGAACUAAUUCCGCCUAAUAAGAAAUGUUUUGUCCUGGAUAUUUGAUAAAGUUGAGUGGAUAGUAGAUCAGAUUGUUCAUUUAUGUUAAUAGUUCUAUUUAUUAUUUCACUUCAAAUGAUUUUAUGAUUUAUUAUAUAUUCAGUAAACUUGAUUUUCAUAUCGAUCUAUAAAUAAAAAUUGGUAUAUUAAUAGAUUACGGUAUUAAUUAGUCAACUACUUUAUAAAUUACAGUAGGAGUAGGUACUAAAUAAGUAGAAUAUUCAAUUUUGAAUUUGCAUGUAUGUAAUAGGUAUAAAUGUGAUACUGCUAGCGUAUAUAUUUUCUAUCAAUUUUAAUUUAAUUGAGAUUUUUCCAUCACUUAUCAAGGCUUUCUAAUUUAAUCCUAAUAGUAUCAAUUCUAUAAUUUACUUGAAAAUUAAUUGAAUUAUUGGUACCUCUCUAUUACCAUUGGCAAAAGUACUAAAGUCUUAUUUUUAAUUUUUACAAUACAUCACUAUUUAUGUAUAUAAGAUCAAUUAUAUAAUUUUAAUAAAAUACCCAUAUUGUUGUUUUAUUA